CCAUUCCGCUUCUCCGAUCCGGCACGGCCUCGACUUUCGAAUUCCAAAAGGGGAGAUACCGACUUUCAAUCAAGAAUAGAAUAUUGAAGUGACAGGAUGGUCCAAGGAAAGAUCAAAACAAAAGUACAAGUCCCAGGAAAGGGUAGUCGAAAUAAGCAAAAAUAUGCUCAUCAGAAGAAGAAAGGGCCAAAGAGAGGAGCCAGAUUCAUCGCUCCUAAGAAAGUAAAGCAGAUAGAAGCUGCUAAACUGAAGAAGAAUAUCACGAAAGCAAUCAGCUCUCGGAACGAGCAAGAAAUCAUUACCCAGGCUGCCUCUAAAGAACCUAAGAAGCUUCUGGUAGCUGCAUCUUCAUCAGGAGGAGGUGAUUCAAAGAAGAAAGGACAAAAAUGAUCAAGGCACUUUAUAGAAACUUUUGAAGGAUUGAUGAAUAAAGAUUGUGCAUCAAGGACUCUGGGGGAUACUAGAGAGCAGAGAAUGGCAUAAUAGGUGUGGAAGAUUUCAGCAAAAUCGUCUUCAAACAACUAACUUGUGGUUUCAAAAGCAGAGAUAGGGCAAACAGUGUUUCAUGGAUGGUGAUUGCAGAUACUAGACAUUCAACAAGCUUUAUUAAUAACUCGAGGAGUAGGAAGUUAUGAUGGACUUUGAUGUAAAGGACACAUACAUACUCUGAGAAUCACUCUAGGAGCCAGUUUCACUGAUUUUAUUUUGUGCCUUGCAACUGCUUGAGCCCUUUUUUACUCUCCACAUAGAAGCUUUAAUCAGAAAGAAAGCACUUGUGUCAUGGUUGAGUGAGCUUGAUUGGAAUAACCUUCCCUCACAUACCUUUUUCUCUCCCUUAUGAAUUUAGUUAAAAACAUGAAGAUCCAAACAUUUUUUCUCAUGUCUUUAUAAAUUGGUGAAAUCUACCAUUUCUGAAAAUGCAGACCUCAUUUUGCACAUUGUAUUGUAGACCAUAUUUUCUACAGUUUUCUUGUCUUUUCCAUUUUCAGUUUGGCAGCUGGAAUUGAUAUGUUUCUCACAUUUUCCAAUUCAACUACAUGUAAGAGUAUUUAUGUUUCUAUUUCAAAUGAAAUUAAAUGGUUCUAACUCAUAAAAUUGAAAGUUAAAAGUGCAUAUUUUAAUCUGUUUGUAAUCAAAUUUAAAUGAGAGAGGAAAAAAAAAUUAAAAGUGCAUGUAACAUUGUCAGCAUAGAGUCAUAGAUUAAAAAAUAACCUAAAUACCAGGAUUAAAAUGCAACUAAAAAUCUGUUGAAACCAAGAAGGGGGGGGGGGUGGCCUGAGCAGUAGAAAAGCUGACCACUAUUGGCUUACAUUUUGAAUCCAAAAACUAAAAAUACUCCAAUAAAAAUUAAAGGUUGAGACACUGAAAUCAGUCUCUUCAAAAUGCAACUCAUGUUCAUGCUCCUUUCAGGUAAUAUUUCUCAAAAGAAAUUAUUUGUAACAGUCGUUGCAAGAAAUGUUUGUUAAAAAAAGUAGAAAUUCUGGCUUAGCAAUAUUAUGUUGAUACUUUCAACCUAUGAAUUAAAUGUACAUAACAUAGGUACAUGUAACUUUGCUUCUGUCAAAUACUUUAGGGCCAAAGAAAUAUGUUUAACUUUCGAGAAAUUUGAUUGGCAUAAUUCGCAUAGUAUGGUUUCUUUUUAAAAAUGCUUCGACUCGGGCUAUAUUUGACUUAUAGAAGUUUCAUGUACUAGGAUGCAAAUUUACCUCUACAAAGAACAGCUUGAAAAUGAUAUCACAAAAUAAAUGAAAAAAAAUUGUCA